GAGACAAAACAUCCAGCUGAAAAAGUAUUGACGUUUUUACUUUAAUGCGUUUUUGUGAUUUUUAGAUAUGUUAUGGGGUUGUUAGGAUAUGUUUCUCCAGCGGGUAUCAACGUGGCGUAAAAUUAUAGUCGUGCGUAAAAUUUAGUUUUUCCUUUGACGACCAUGCGCAGUUUCUCUGAGCCGUGCGUCCCAGGCGCAGCCCCACACGCUUUUCCAACAAGAGCCGGAGAUUCGCCCCUUCGAGGGACUGUCCUGGCCGGACACCCGCUGAUCUCAGCCAUGACUUUAUCCCCUCGAGGGUCUCCAGAGCCCCGCUUGGAUCCGAUGAUUCACACAUCUCCUCCGGGUCAGUCUGAGAUUUUGUGUCGGCCUCACGAAAUUCUGGAGGGAGGGGAGAUGCAAGAUGAUCAGCCCAAAGUUUAUUUGGAGGCCGGCGACCUUUGGAGACAAUUCCACAAACGCGGCACUGAAAUGAUCAUUACCAAGUCCGGGAGGCGCAUGUUCCCGCCGCUCAGGACCAGGUGCGUCGGGAUGGAUAGAAAGGCCAAAUACAUUCUCCUGAUGGACAUCGUGGCGGCCGAUGACUGCAGGUACAAGUUUCAUAACUCCCGCUGGAUGGUGGCAGGGAAGGCGGACCCGGAGAUGCCCAAACGCAUGUACCUCCACCCGGACAGUCCGGCCACGGGGGAGCAGUGGAUGUCCAAAGUGGUCAACUUCCACAAACUCAAACUGACCAACAACAUGUCGGACAAACACGGAUUUACAAUCCUCAACUCGAUGCACAAAUACCAGCCGAGGUUCCACAUAGUGAAGGUGAAUGACACCCUCAAGCUGCCGUACAGCACCUUCAGGACGUAUGUCUUCUCUGAGACUGAGUUCAUCGCAGUGACAGCGUAUCAGAACGACAAGAUCACGCAGCUGAAAAUAGACAACAAUCCUUUCGCCAAGGGAUUCAGAGAAAUGGGCAACGGGAGAAGAGAAAAGAGGAAACUACAACAUUCAUCACAAAAACCUAAAGAGAUGCGGAUGACCAACCUGAAACCUGAACCUAUUCAAGAUUCACCUCCACAAUAUCCCGGUAAUCCUGAAUCUCCAGAUGCAGAUGAAAGUGAUGUUGAUGAAAAUGAUCAUUUUGUGGACAUUCUUCAAGAGAAGAAAGAAACGAAACCAGGGCCAAAGAGUUCCAUCACAGGCAGCAGGGUACAGACUCUAGAAAGAACUCAGAGAGAAACCGACUCAAGAAGCAGCCGCGUUCUCAGUACAACAGCUGAUGGAGCGAGUGGAUCUGAGCCUCAAGACUCCGAGAAGGAACAAAUGUGCAAAUUGCACAGUAACGUUGCUCAGAGUUGUGUUUAUCCACUGGAAUCAAACAGCCACCUGUGGGAUCCGAGCAACCCCAUCAGUGUAUACAGCUCUGCUCAGGUGAACACCUGGAACAGCUGCAGCGCUGUGGACAGAGCGGCAUCAUGUGGACUGAACCCGGCAGCAGCCUUCAGGACGCCAUCAGCUGCAGGGUUUCCCUUCAGCCUCCAACAACACGCACUGGUGCAGGACCUGUUGGGUCUUUCCCACUUUGGAGGCCUUGUGUUUUAUCCUCACACCAGCUUGUCUCUACGGUCCAAAGAAGAUUUCAGAGCCUGCCCGAGUGUCCACAGCCGGGACUACUUCACCUAUCCGAUGUUAUCUUCAUCUGUUCCUCGUGUGAUUGGCGGCGGAUUGAAAUAUCUCAUCCCUGAUCUGCUAAUGCUUCCCACAACAGAGCAGGAGAACUUGGUUGAUGAUGCGGACAUUGACUGCAGUGAGGACGAGUCACAAAUAGGGAGACAAUUCUGAUCUAAUCUUAAAUGGAGUUACUGCUGCUCUGAAAUGUCCCUGCAUGAGUUGGACCCACUCCCAGCAACACACUUGAAAGGCUCUUCUGUGAAUGUCAAAAUUAAAAUUGAGGGUCAGCUUGCAUUUUGGUAAAGUCUGUAUCUUCCUGAAAAUGUGACCCAAGGUUGAAUCACUGUUUUGAUGAAAUUAGCUUUAUUUCAACAAAAUGUAGCUGAGUUUGUAAAUAAUAUCCUAAAUUAUUAUAUAAUUAAAAUGCCACUUGGUGGAUGACAUGCAAGCUGAAUUUAUGUAUUUUCUAGAGUCAGAAAAUGUCACACCUUUAAAAAGGUCCAGUGUGUCUGAAUUAGAAAUACAAUAUUAAUAAUGAUGCUUUCAUUAUUCCUGAACCUGAGAAUUGUUGUUUUUUUUUCGUUAGCCUGGCUAACUGCUUCACUGAGUCCGCCAUGAUGCACCUCCCUCCAGACUCCAACAGACCAAUCAAACACAGUCACAUGCAGUCAAAUGUCAAGGGUCAAAGUUUGAAUCCGCUUGAAGCUAUACCGCGGAUUUGCUUCGCUACAGGAAACUUAUCUUUCAUUUGCCCCUUUGCUUGCACCGAUUGGAGGUGGGCAGUGGGCAGAGCGUGGCCACUGCUACAUUUACUUGUUUGAUCGUGCCCUCAGAACGGGAGGGGUGAGGGGAGGCAGUUGGUUGCAAUAUGCAUCUUCACCUCCAGAAGCCACUACAUCCUACAAACUGAAACAAUUUUCUGAACAGAGUUUGGCCUUUAAAUUGUCGAAAUUGACUUAAGAAAUGCAAAGUCCAAGGAUUUAAACACACACAACCCAAAUUUAAGUAAAUGCCUCAAAUACAUUUACUUUCUUGGCAUUUGAAGAAUGCAUGAAUGCAUGCAUACAUCACUGUAUUGGUGUAUUGGUCAAUACAAUUCUUUUUCCUCAAAGACUGAAACAAUAAAUAAUGAAAACUUA